CCUGAUCUGUGCAGAAACACCAUGCUGGCUAAAGUGGUAGAAAAGCUGAGGAAGACUGAACUCCAAACCACUUCUUCUGCUCACCGUUACGCCGGACCUGGAGAUGUGGAGUGUGAUUUCUGCAUCGGGAAAAAACACAAAGCUGUCAAGUCGUGUCUGAUGUGUCUGGCCUCUAUUUGUGAAAUCCAUUUAACGCCUCAUCUUGAACGUCCAGCUUUGAAAAAUCACAUAUUAGUGGAAGCCUGUGGAGACCCACAGGAGAAGAUCUGCUCUCAGCAUGAUAAACUGAUCGAGAUCUACUGUCGUACUGACCGAAGCCUCAUCUGUUGUUUGUGUAGGACGGAAGAGCAUGAAGGACAUGAUACGGUUGCCGUAAAAACAGAAAGAGGUGAAAAACAGAAUGAACUAAAGGAGGAGCAGAGGAAAUCACAGCAGAGGAUCCAGGAGAAGCAGAAGAAGCUGCAGGAGCUCCAAAACACCAUCCGCAUUAUUAAGAUUCGAGCUCAGACAGCGGUGGAGAACAACGAGAGGGUCUUUGAUGAGCUGAUCGGCUCCCUGAAGAAGAAGAGCUCGGAGCUGACCACGCUGAUCCGAGAUGAGGAAGAGACGGAGCUGAGACGGGCCGAACUUCUCCUGCAGCAACUGGAGCAGGAAAUUACUGAUCUUAAGAGAAGAGUGACUGAGCUGGAGCAGCUUUCACAUGCUAAUGAUGACGUCCGUUUCCUCCAGAGUUUUCCGUCUCUCUGUGUCUCUUCUGGAUGUGAGGACUCAUCCAGCAUCACCGUCAAUCAACAUCUCUCAUUUGAUGGCGUGAACAAAUCCCUCUCAGAUCUGAAGAAGCGAUUUGAGGAAUUCUGUGAAGACGAAUUCAGCAAGAUCCCUCCGCAAGAUCAAAUAAAUAAAACACUGACUGAAGCAGAUCAGAUGAUUUUACACUCAACAAAGAGCAGAGAAGAUCAUCUACAAUAUUUCUGUGAGCUCAGUCUGGAUCCCAAUACAGCUAAUCAUCACCUCGUUCUGUCUGAGAACAAUAAAGUGGUGACAAACAGCGAGAAAAAUCAGCGAUACUCUGAUCAUCCUGAGAGAUUCGGCUCCAGGUUUCAGGUGCUGUGUAAGGAGGAAGUGAGUGGACGCUGUUACUGGGAGGUGGAGUGGAGCGGUGGUGGGGAAAUAUCAGUCUCAUAUAAAGAGAUCAGCAGGAAAGGACGGGGUGACGAAUGUGGGUUUGGGUACAACGAUCAGUCCUGGAGUCUGUGCUGUUCUUCUUCUUCUCUUCGUUUUUAUCACAGCAACAUUGAGACUGAACUUGAAGGUACAUCCGCCUCCAGAAUAGGAGUGUAUGUGGAUCACAGUGCAGGAACUCUGUCCUUCUACAGCAUCUCUGAUACAAUGAGGCUCCUCCACACAGUCCAGACCACCUUCACUCAGCCCCUCUACGCUGGGUUUUGGGUUGGUUGGGAGUCAGCUGUAAGGUUAUUGAUCCCAGAUAAAACAUUAUGAUAAUGUUAUCAUAUUUUAUUAACAAUAAAAAUGUGCAGUUGCCCAUGUUUUAGUUCAGUAAAUGAAACGAGUAUAUUACAUUUUGUUUGAGGAUCUACAACCAUUUAGUGGGACGGUUAGGCACAGAUAGAGGAAACUGGAGUGGAGCAGAUACCCUGCACUUAGAUUUAAAAGAAUAUAUUUUGCA